UUCUCACCCGGGAUUCAACUUAGCCCACACGAGCCAAGUUCAGUCCAAUCCAGUCAUGAGCAAUUCGAUCCUGGCCGAGCUGAGCGCCAUCCGAGCACAGCUGCAGACCGUUGAGGCUGCGUUGAUCAACUCGCCUGGCGACACUGAGCUCGCGCAGCUCCGUGACAACAUGCUCGAGCUGAUUCGCAUCCAGAGCGAGCUGGUCGCGACGAACGACGUUGCUGCGGUCGCAUCGUCCGGACGCAAGUGGCGGCUCGGCGAUCUGUGCCUGGGCGUCUGGUCGGACGGCAGCUACCGCGACGCCCGCAUUGACGGAAUCGCCGACGACCGCGUAACGUGCACAAUCGCGUUCGACCAGGGCGGGACCAAGAUGGACGUCUCGGUCAACUCGCUGCGCCCGCGAGCUGCAUCUGCAUCUGCAUCUGUAUCGACUCAUGCUUCUGGCGGUGCUUCAGCAUCCUCAGCGCCCGAGUUGGCGGGCACUGGCGGUGGCCGGAAGCGAACACACGACGAGUCCAAUGGAAAGGUCUCCGCAGCCGCUCGCGAAGCAUUCGCCGACAGCGACAACAGCGAUGCUGAACCACAGACAGCUCGAGGAGGAGCAGGAGCACAGCCGUAUUCCACGGGUGGCGGCGCUGGCCAGCGGGCUGGAGCUGGAGCUGCUGCUGCCGCCGAUCACCUCGCCAAGAAGCCUCGCCAGUCGCGCGAACAGUUCCAAGCCAAGCAGGCAAAGCAAAAAGAGCGGUUGCAAAAGCACGAGGCAGCCAACGAGGCCAAGCAGAAGGAAGUCAACGACUGGCGAUCGUUCGCCUCCAAGAGCAAAUCGGGCAUCAAGACAUCAAUCUUUGCCGCGCCCAAGGAUGUUGCCGGCAAGGUCGGCGUGGGCACGUGCGGCAUUGGUGGCAAACCCCCAAGCGAUUACUCUGCUGCCGCCAAGAGCAAUACAAACUGGCGAGCUGCUCUCAAGCCCGAAGGCGCCGCAUCCGCCCCUCAAGAUGACUAGAAAACCCUUGACAUUCUCGGAAAACAUUUCGCUGGUCUCGCUCUGGCUUGCUUGACCCGACUGGGCCGGUGUUAUUGCUUGUCUUUUUUAUGUUUGAGCAACUUUUGGACCAGGCAGCAGGGGAAGAAAUUCCAGAACUUAUGUUUUACAAAAACACGCACAACACGUAAGCACAUAAAAUAAAACAACGAAAAACACCAGCACCUACA